AUGAAUGCUUUGAUUACUAUUGCAAGAUGUUUAGAAUCUAUCAGGAUGGUCCACAAAAACCUAACGGACACCACAAGGUACGAGUAUGUAGAGAUCCCUAAUGGGAUGCGGGCAUUGAUCAUGUCGGAUCCAGGGCUGGACAAGUGCAGCUGUGCAGUCUCUGUCAGGGUUGGGUCGUUUGACGAUCCCGCAGAUGCUCAGGGCCUUGCACAUUUCCUCGAGCACAUGCUUUUCAUGGGCACCGAAAAGUAUCCUGUCGAGGAUGGACUUAGCUACUUCCUCUCGAAGAAUAACGGAGGAUAUAAUGCAACGACCUAUGGGGAGGCGACUGUGUACUAUUUUGAUGUUAGGCCCGAGGCCUUUGAAGAGGCGGUGGACAUGUUUGCAGACUUCUUCAAGUCACCGCUCCUGAAGAGAGACUCUGUGGAGAGGGAGGUGUCUGCUGUGAACUCUGAGUUCUGCAAUGGGCUGAACAACGACGGGUGGAGAACGUGGAGGAUGAUGAAGAAAUGCUGCAAAAAGGAACAAGCGCUCUCCAAAUUCAGCACUGGGAAUUACGACACCCUGAGGAGGGACGGGAUAUGGGAGGAAAUGAAGGAGUUCUGGAGUCGAAAGUAUUCCAGUGACAAGAUGUGUGUUGUGAUCUAUGGGAACAAGAGCCCUGGAGAGCUGAAGGAACUGCUGGGAAAGUUUGAAGGAGUUCCCAAAGGGCACGGGGAGGACAGCUGUGAUAAGAAGGAUCGGAAGUGCAGGCUGGAUGAGGGGUGGAGCGUGUUUGACGAAGAGUAUACAAACAGGUGGAUAAGGAUACAGCCGAUUGCCGAUACAAGGUCGAUCAUGGUUAUGAUGACGGUGGAAUCUGGAUACAAGAUGUUUAAGAACAACCCGUAUGAAUAUGUGCUGAACAUGAUUCUUAGAAACGACUCGAAGGGAUUUGCAUGUAAGGUGAAGGACAUGGGGCUUGUUCUGGAAGUUGAGGGAGACCUGUGCGACUAUACAGACUACUCGGUGAUGAUAAUAACGAUGCAUCUAUCUGCGGCCGGGAACAAAAGGCCGAAAGAGGCCGUGCUGGAGCUUGUGAAGUAUCUCAAGACCAUGCCGGUCUGCCUGGAUGAGUAUGCCGAGCUCCAGAAGAGGUCCAGGUAUCUGUUUAAGUACGAUGAAAAGGACGAUCCUAUGUACCAGACAAGGAGAGUUGCAGUAAACAUGCAGUUCUAUCCUGUCGAGAAUGUCCUUGAUCAUGAGCAUUGCUUUGAAAGGUUUGACGGCGACGAGAUCAGGGGAGUGGUCCUUCUGAUGGCAGACUUUUCAAGAUGGGUUGUAUUCCAUAUUGCAAAGGAUGCAGGGACGUUUGACAUGCGCGAGGAGAUAUACGGAGUGAGAUAUGGAGUGGGGGACAGGAUAUUUGAGGCAGAAGACAUCGAUGCGGAGAACUCGGGAGUUGUGGAGUGGAAGGAGGGGGAGAUGAUAAGGACCGAAAUCCCCUCAGACAUCCUCACAAAGGAGCUUCCAGGCGGGAAGAUCAGCUAUCUAUUUAACGACUCUUACAAGGUCCCAAAGGUCUUUGCAGGGUAUCUGAUAAGGACAGAGAAUAGCAGUUCUGAUGUAGUCAACAUGAUGUUCCUAGCCAGGAAUGCGAAGGACCAGUUCUUCAAAAGAUAUGAUGGGUCUCUGUACAAGACUGGUGUGGAGAUUGAUGUCCGAGUGGAGUCCCGCGGAGUGGAGAUCCGCAUUGAGUGCUUCAACCACAUGAGCGUCGAGGUGUCCCGGAUGUUCUUUGACAUUCUGUUUGGCGAGCCCGAUGGAUCGCGUAGGCAUCUGAUCAAGGAAGAGAUCUGGAAUGAGCUGGAGGUGAAAAGAACAAGCAAUCCCUACAAACGGUGCAGGGACGGAAUGAAGUGGAUGAAGGUCCCAGGACAUCUGAUGGCCGAGGAGGCAAUGGAGAGACUGGACUCUGUGGACACCAAGUCGAGACUAAGCCGAAAGUUCUUCCUCGAGAUGUUUGUGGUUGGAAACAUCGAGUAUUCGGAUGCAGAGAAGAUGUUUAGGCAUGUCUUGACAAAGCAAGAGGAGAUACACAGCUGUGGGAGAAAUGAGCUCCUUGACGGGAGGUACAGGUGUGAUAUAAAUACAUGUGACGAGAGAAAUAAUGCAUGUGCUCUGAGCUAUUACUGCGGAAGGUAUGGAAACCACAAGGACGUGGCAGUGGCGCAUCUUGUGCACCAUUCGUGCAAGGCAAUGUUCUUCGAUCAGCUUCGGACCAAGGAGGAGCUCGGAUACGUGGUAAUAUCCAAUGUCACAUACAUCGACGAUGAACAGUACAUAACAUUUGUUGUGCAGAGCGAGAAGGAUGUGGAGUUCCUGGAGAAGAGGAUAAGGAGGUUUGUUGAGGAACUAGAGGGAUACUUCAAGGAGAUGAGUCUGGAGGACUUUGAGAAGUUCAAGAGCGGAGUCAUCUCAUCUUUCAGAGAGAGGAAGAAGAACUUUGUGCUGUACAGCACCGAGAUAUGGGACAAGUGCCUGAGAGGGGUAGUUGACCAGGAGCACGACGAGAAAGUUGUUGAGGCCGUCAAGGAGAUCUCCAAAGAAAAUCUGUCUGUAGGCAAAAUACUUGGCCAGGUGUAUGUCUCCAGAGUAUUCGCUCAUUAA